AUCAUCAUUUUUUACAUGUUCCUGGCAGUGGCCAUAGUCUGUGAUGACUACUUCCUCCCAGCGUUGGAGAUGAUCAGUCAGACUCUUGGCCUCUCUCAAGAUGUAGCAGGAGCAACCUUCAUGGCAGCUGGCAGUUCCGCUCCUGAAUUAGUCACCGCCUUUCUUGGUGUUUUUGUCACAAAGGGCGAUAUUGGGGUCAGCACUAUUCUUGGCUCCGCCAUCUACAAUCUUCUCGGCAUCUGUGCAGCCUGUGGACUCUUAGCUGGCAUGGUUUCGCACCUGUCUUGCUGGCCAUUGUUCAGAGAUUGCUUGGCUUACAUUAUUAGUGCUGGGGCAGUUCUUGCCAUGAUUGUGGACAACCAAGUUUAUUGGUACGAAUGUGCUUCACUCCUGUUGAUAUAUGGACUCUAUAUUUUAGUACUCUGCUUUGACAUUAAAAUCAACCAAUAUUUCAUGAGCAAAUUUAGUCCUUGCUGCACCUGUUUCUUGAUGAUCACGGAAGAGGCCGAAGACCAGCCACUGUCAGGAUGGAGGGACGAGACUCAACCUCUCGUUCGGCGACAAUCAAGAUCAGACAAUGACAUUUUUCACGAGUCUGAUUACACUCAACUUUCAGCAAGCUUACAUGGACCUGAUACCAUUUCUGAAGAUCCCCCAAGCGUGUUCACCGUGCCUGAAGCAGAUCUGAAGAGAGUUCUGUGGGUGCUUGCCCUUCCCAUCAUCACUGUACUAUAUCUGACGAUUCCAGACUGCAGAAAACCCUUUUGGAAAAAGUGCUUCAUGCUUUCCUUCUUUAUGUCGGCAGUGUGGAUUUCUGCUUUUACAUACAUUCUUGUAUGGAUGGUGACCAUAGUGGGGGAAACCCUGCAUAUUCCUGAAACUAUAAUGGGCCUUACGCUACUAGCAGCUGGAACCAGCAUUCCAGACACAAUUGCCAGUGUUCUCGUGGCUAAAAGAGGGAAAGGAGAUAUGGCCAUGGCGAACAUUGUAGGAUCCAAUGUGUUUGAUUUGUUGUGCUUGGGGUUACCUUGGUUUAUAAAAACUGCCUUUGUUGACCCAUCAGGCCCUGUGCUUGUGAACAGCAGCGGGUUGACCUAUACUGCCAUUUCUCUCAUUUGUUCUAUUGUUUUUAUUUUUCUGGCCGUUCAUCUGAAUGGCUGGAAAUUAGACAAAAAACUGGGAGCCAUUUCCCUUCUGAUGUACGUAGCCUUUGCCACGUUAUCAAUUCUGUAUGAACUUGGAAUCAUAGGGAACAAUCCAAUAAAGAAUUGUGGCAACUAA